AUGCUCCGCCGCCUCUCCGGCGCCGCCGCGGGCGGACUCCGCCGCUCCCUCUCCUCGUCCUCGGCCGCCUCGCGGCCCCCGUGGGCCCUCAUCCAGCUCACCAACGUCGACAAGUCAGGCGCGCCGGCGCCGGGCGCGACCCUGCACCUCGACGCGCCCCCGUUCGUCACCAACCUCACCGUCCCCGCCCACUUCAUCCACCCGCGGCCCCUCCCCGACCCCGCCACCGGCGUGUACGGCUCCGUCCCGGGCCACGUCGCCGCCACCAGCAGCCACGGCCUCCUCCUCGUGCGCUUCUGGGAGUCCCGCUUCCAGUUCGACGUCCCCGCCACCGGCGAGUCGUUGCUCUCCGCGAUCCGCGACAUGUCCUUCUUCACCGGCAUGGACAUCAACCCGGAGGUCACGCGCUUCGUCCUCAACCCGCUCAGCGGCGAGCUCUACCGCCUCCCGGACCUCGACGGCACCAAGAGGACCUCCAUGUACCAGCACCUCGGCCUCCUCACCCAGUCCCAGGGCGGGCACGGACCCCCUGACAGGUAUGCGGUAGCCGAGAUGUUUACCAUCGGCGGCAGCGGCAGGGAGGAGGAGGGCUUCGUCUUUCGGCGGUUUCUCUCGGAGACGGGGAAGUGGGAAAAAAUGGCGGGCUUGCCCUCCCCAUUGCCGGCCGGUCGGCGGAUGCACAUCGACAGCGCCGUGGUGCCCUUCGGCGACCGCUUGUGGUGGAUCGACGAGAGCUGGGGCGCCAUCUCGGCGGACCCGCUCAGCGAGAGGCCGGAGCUCCGGUUCGUGGAGCUGCCCAGAGGGAGCGUGCUACCUGACCUCGAAGGCGUGGUGUUCAUGAGGAAACUCGCGCGCUACCGGCGCAUGGGGGAGAGCGAGGGGAAGCUGCGCUACAUCGAGGUGUCCAAAGAGAAGCCCUACGUGGUCAGCUCCUUCUCCCUCGACGACGGUGGCAGCUCCUGGACGCUGGACCACGAGGUGGCGUUUACCACAGUUUGGGAUGAUGAACCCUUGAAGGAGAUGCCGGCGAUUGGCGCAAUUGACCCACUGAACAGCCAUGUUGUGUACCUUGUGUGCGGCAACCAGCUUCUUGGCGUGGACAUGGAGAAGGAGAAGAUAACAGGGAGCUCUCGUCUAGCUAUACCCAGUGUCCCCAUCCUACCAUGUGUGCUCCCGACAUGGCUGGAAUCAAGCCAGAUUCCCUUUGCAGAUUGGAGCAAGAAGACCGCUGUGAAAAGGGAGACAUCGCCUGACAUGGUCAAAAAGGAGACUUUGUGUGUGGAAGUAGAGCUGAUGAAGUGA